AUCAAAAAGGACAUAAUCAUUUAAACAUUAACAACGAACCCCAAGAAACAUAAUCACAAUUUCUCAUCCCCUGGAAUUUCGUAAACACAAAUAGCGCUCAGCUCUCUGCAGUCUGCACAGAGUUGCGGAGACAAUGUUGAUGUUAAGGGCUUCUUCAACCUCUGUUCGACCACCAUUUUCAACGCCAUAUCUCUUCUCUCUCGUCUCUUCUUCACUCUGUCUCUCAUCAACGGCGGUCGCUUCCGCUUUUCAAUCUGCUCCGCUGCAUCAUCACCAGAAAUCCCUUCCGAUUCUGCACUGGAAUUCUUCUCGCCAUUUUCAGUCCUUUUGUUCCGAAAAAUCGUUACCUUUAAUGGGUUCGCAUCAAAUUCGUUCCAGAGGUCGGACAACAGCCUCAUAUAGCGCCGGGACUGGAGAUAGUGAAAGCAAUGCUAGUCCUCGCAUUGGUAAGGAGAUAUUGGUUCAGCAUCUACUGGUGAAAGAAGAUGACCAUAAGCUUCUGUUGGAGCUACAAAGGAGAAUUUUGGAAGGAGAGGAUCUAAGCGACUUGGCCGUGGAAUAUUCACUUUGUCCAUCAAAAGAAGAUGGCGGAGUGCUUGGCUGGGUGAGAAAGGGACAAAUGGUGCCAGAAUUUGAGGAGGCUGCAUUCAGUGCUCAGCCAAACAAGGUCGUAAAGUGCAAGACCAAAUUCGGAUGGCAUCUAUUGCAAGUUCUGUCUGAGAGGGAAGAAUCUAUUCUUGAAGAUGUUCAGUCCACUGAACUUCAUAAAAGGAUGCAAGAUCCCUCUUUCUUUGAAGAAGCCCAGCUGAUUGAUGUUCGAGAACCUGAUGAAGUGGCCAAGGCUUCUAUCCCCGGAUUUAAGGUUCUUCCACUUCGUCAAUUUGGAGAUUGGGGCCCUCAAGUUCCGCAGAUGUUUGAUCCUCAAAAAGAUACAUAUAUUCUGUGUCACCAUGGGAUGCGGUCUUUGCAGGUUGCCAAGUGGUUGCAGACGCAGGGAUUCAGGAAAGUAUUCAAUGUUGCCGGAGGAAUUCAUGAUUAUGCAGUCAAAGCUGAUCCAUCAGUUCCUCUCUACUGAAUAGUCAAUGGGGUUAUGGAGUUUUGCGCCGUUCGGUUCCGCUUUUUGUCUGUUGCAACUAUCCUAAUCUUUGGUGUUUGAACUCACUGCUGUAAUGAGGUGAAGCAUUGUUGUUAUUCUGGUAGAUACUUUAUACUGAUUUCGUGGGACAAAACUUGAUUAAAUUAUCAUCUCAUUGCAUCUCUAGUGGGAAAUAUAUUUUGUACUCUGUUUGCAUCCUGAUCUUUUGUGGAACAGACAAUCCAGAAUUGCAGACAUCAGUAAUAGAAGAUUUGCUGUAUGGUGUUGCAUAUUGUUCUAUUUUCAUUUUAAACAAAAUAGCAUUAGUUCAACCAAUAUUACAUAAUGAGGUUCCAUCUCCAGAGAUGUGAAUUCGAGUCAAGCUUUGACUUUGACCUUGACUCGUUGACAUUCCUAACUAAUGGGAAGAGAGGAAGC